AUGCCACCUAGAGGCAAAAAAAUCGACCCAGCAGUCCAAGCUCAGCAAUUUGAGGAUUGGCAAAAAACUGAAGAAGUCGCGAACUGAAAUGUUCUGUGUCAAAUUAAACUAACUUUUGCAAAACUAAUAAGUACAACAAGCCCUGAUAUAACUGACGAUAAAUUUGCUUUUCUCGAAGGCUUGCACAAGCAAGUUGAUUUGAUGAAGGUUCCUCAUAAGUCACACUCAUAUGAGCAGCUCCACUUGAGAACUGCUUUUUUCCCACAAGUAGGGCUGGAUUAUAUAUUGAAAGUUGAUGGCUUGGAAUUCAACCUGGAACUUAACAAAGAGUGCGUAGAUAAAGCAAGAGAGUGCAGAAUAGCAUUCGUUGCGGUCGUUGACUCGCUGGAUACAAUAAAAACAGCUGAGGCAACGACUUAUGUGCAGACAAGGAAAGAUUUCAUAAAGAAGCUUACAGUUUUUGAAAAAGCUUAUAUGGUUCAUCUGAAGAUAGGGCACAACUAUUUGUAUGAUUCAGUGCUUGCUGUGAUCUUGAGUCCUAUGAUUAAUGCUAUUGAUGCAAAUAUGAAUCUUUAUUAUUUAGAAAAUAGAGCCCACGAAAAGAGAAAAUGGUUCAAGAAGUCAGCACCUGCUUUUCGGCUCAAGGCUUGUAAAAUAAAAUUUGCUGAAGCUAUGACAGAGCUUAUUAACUCCCCUCCCAUUAAAAUUGGAAACAAAAAAUCCCGUUCCAAUUUAAAGGGGGGUUGAUUUAUAUUUUUAAAAUAAAUUAUAUAAAAAAAAUUUUAUCAAAUUAAAAAAAUAUAAAUUGAGUGCAAUAUUCUAAUUUUAAAUUAUUUUAUGAAAGAAUUAAUUCAAAAAUAAAUCUAUUCAAGUAUGAAAACUAUUUAAAUGGCAUUUUACUUACACUUUUUUCAUUAAAUUAUGCCAAAACUAAUUUUAUAAAAAUUAAUAUUUUACCUUUAAAAUUUUACUAUUGAAAAAAAAAAUUGUUCUAAUUAAAAGGGGCUAAAGUACCCAAAAAAUACCGAUAUUUUGUUCCAAUUUAAAGGGAGGAGAGGGAGUAGUAAGAGAUUAAAAGAGCAUGGACCACUUGAAAAAAUUCCUAAUAUUCUGAAGUCGCUCAGUAAGCUUGAAAUCAACACAGCUUCUCACGAGGUUCUUAAAUAUUUUGUGAGCCCUGUCAAAGCUGCUUGGAGAAAGCUUAGGUCAGAAAUGAAAAUUCUUUAUAAAGCAGGAGUGAAUCAUUAUCGCCAGCCCAUUAUACUAUAAUAUAUUAAAACCAACAUCAUAUAUAUACAUUGCUGCUUGCCAACAUUAACUAUGCAAAAUUCAAUAAAAACAGCAUAAAAAAAAUAAAGACCUUGUCAGAGCCUUGAAAAAUAUGAUAGACGCAGAAAGCAUCGCAGAAGAUUUGCUAGGCGACGCUCUAAAAAUGGAUCAGCUUGAAUUUAUUUAUGAUGUAAUCAUGCAUGUGAGAAGAUCUUCAAUGGAGCAAGCCCUUUUUGAAGGUGACAGUGGAGUAAUAAAAGACAUCAUUCCUCAGCUCGCCACGUUCAAAGCUCUUCAACAAAUGUACCAAGUCAGAGAAGAUAUCGAAAAGAAACAAAAAGAAAAGAGAGAAGUCGGCCUUGAACUUGAAGCAGUAAAACAAGAUAAAGAUAACAGCUUCUUUGUAUGGAGUCAAGACAAAGAAGUCAGAUAUGAAGGUAUCAAGAGGCUGUGGGUCUGGGAUGGCUAUAUUAAUGAAGAAGACAAACCCAUGUGGGAUCAUGCAUCAGAUCUGGUUUCUCAAUCCCCCCUUCCUUGAGCAACCAAAAAUGUUUUGUUCACUCACGGAGGUGGGUUACUUUUUUUUUUUCUUCAAAAUUUAAAAAAAUUCUAAUUUGUAAAAAUUGAGAAGUAAAAAUUAAUUUAAUUUGUAAAAUUUAUGUUUUAAAAUCCAAACUGUUUAAAAUUAAGCCGAAUUAGCUAGAUAUUUCAUUAUAAUAAUUAUCACUUAUAUAUCAAAUAUUUUUCCAUAAAAAAAUUUUUAUGUUCGCUCACAGAGAGUGGGUUUUUACCCAAAAAAUAGGGAUUUUCCAAUGGUUUGUUCGCUCACAGAGUUGAGAGUCAGUUAAACUUAAUGGUUCAAGAAGACAUCAUGGACUAUAUAAUCUCAAGCAGAGCUCCUAAAAAGCCAGGCCAAGGCCAGCGACCUACGGAGUCGAGACCUCCAUUCGUAUGAAAUACACAACUCAUGAACAACAGAUACGUUGAUAUUGAGCCUCCUUUAUAUCAGGAAGAAGAAGCUAAGCAAGAAGUGCAGACAGGUGUCAAGAAAAUAAGAGAAUACACGAAACCAAUGGACUGCUAUCGUGACGGAAGAGUCGAAGAAAUCCUCGAAAUCAUUGAAAAAUUGGCAUUUGGCUUAAAGGUUACCCAAGGAGCAAUAUGGGAUCAACUUUUAGAAAAAGUCAUAACCGCUAUGAAAAAUGAGACACCCACAAGUGGUGAUGAAGAUAUUUCUUUCGAAAAGGAUCCAGAAGAAGGAGAAGAGGGCAGAGAAGAAGAAAUGAAAGAAGAAAUAAGAUAUGAAGAUUAA